CUUGGGUGACCUACAGCCGAUUUAAUUUAUCGCUGUCCCUAGCUGAUGUUAGUUUCUGUUAAAUGCGAAGUACUGUCUGCUUAUCUCUACCACUAAGUGAAAGGCUGAAAGAGCUGAACAUCUUCGUCUCCAGGGGAAAUGCACAGGAUAUUCAUGCAUUUCUUGUUCCUAUCGUGGAUAAUAUAUUUGGAUAUUCUGAUGGUACAGAAGGCUGGGGUCUACAUACGUUAAAAGAAUCUGAUGACCCACACCUGUUUGGUUGUAUUCGCGAGUUUCUUUCCCCUAACGGAAGAUUUCUUGAGGUCUUAUCGAGUAAACUAUCUUCGGAAUUCCCAGUAUGCAAAUACGACUUUCCACUAUGGUUAUUAUCGGCAAGUUCACAGAAUUUUAUUCGCUCGGUUGAGGGUAAAUUAUCGCAAAUGCAUAUUACUCUGAACGCUUUCUGCUAUUAUAUGUUCUCCUUCAUGUGUUAUACCUCAUACCCAAAAUGGAAGCAGAAUAUUUUAUUAUGUGAUUUGGAAAACAGCCUGUAUUUCACCCUGUUCAGUGACUACAUUAGUUUCUAUUUGUAUACUGAUCCCGUAACAGUAAAUGUUAUGGUAUCUAGAUUGCAGCUCUUGAGGGCUGGCCCACAAUCGCCUGCAUAUCAAAGGAGUUAUUUCAAUGAAUCUGCCUCUCACUUUGCGAAUGAAUCAAUGGAAUCUCAUAUUUCAGACUUCCGUUUAUUUUGGCAAACGGACACAAUGCUGCAAGCUAUUUGUGAGUUUCUUCUCUCUUGGCAAGCAUCGGACCUUUCCAAAGGAUUAUCCGUAGGCUCUGCUGGUACAAUGACUUUGUCUGCCCCUCAAAAUCAUGCAGAGCUUUGGUUAAUCCUUUCCAAUAAACCAACUGUAUGUCAGGUAUUUUUAAUACGAUCCUUUCUCAAAAAUUUCUACUUUGCUUUAUUCAACAAUACAAGUCCAAGUCAUUUCCAGAUACCACAACAACAAAUAAUAUGGAAUAAAAUUCUUCACUAUCGAAAAUAUCUCCGCGCUUCUCAAGGCAUGAUAAUUUCAUCUGAAUUACACCCAUUAAGUGCUAAUCUAAUGAAUGAAUUUUUACAAUUUAUGAUAUCUUGUUUUCAACACUGGCCUUUGGAUUUAAGCUUUGAAGUAGUCCUUGAAACAUGGCUAUCUAGUAUUCAACCUUGGAGGUAUGCUCAGUCGCCUCAACCUCAGGGUAGUACACGUCUUUCACCUAUAGCAAUUGAUGUACCUAUGAAUUCACAAAUAAAUAUCGAUAAUGACUGUUAUCCGGAAUGGUUAGCAUUUGUUGCUCGUCAUUACAGUCUGUAUGUUGCUGUAUUCUUAUUAUUCCUACAAAGAGCUGUUCGUACUGACCUAAGAGUAUGCCGUAAUGCUCAUAUGAUUUAUCGUGUGACAAAAGUUUUUUCUCAAGAUGGAUUUAAAAGUUUAAUAAGGGAUGCUGAAAAAAUGUUAUCCGAAAAUCAACUCCAACAACUAGAUGAUUCCCAACUCAGUGAGAUAAUGCUCAAUGGAAUGCUAUCAGGUGAACAAACUGGUUUAUGGAAUCCUGUAUUGAUUAAAUCAGUUGAAAGGCUUUUAAAUGCUAUGGAAACUACACGAGCAAAUUUACAAUCGGAAAUAAUGCAGAAAAUGCAUAAAUCUCCAUCUAAUUCAAAUGGCUUCUUCAAUCAAUUUACGGAAUGGCUAUACAGUUUACUUAUUAUGGAUACAUAUAGUACUGAUGAUAAUAUCAAUAAGUGUAUAUCUUAUCUAACUGAAGGCAUACAUGCGUUGAGUGCAUUUUUUGAAAUUUCAGAGACUUCUGAAGGGACAAAUAGUUUUUCGCCAAAACCAUUACCAACUGGUCGGAUACAAUGGGAUGAUCUUGCUCCUAGUCCAAUAAUUUUGCGACCACAUUUAAAAUCACCAACAUCUCCAUCACAAUAUUAUACGGGAAGAUAUUCUUCACGUGCUACCACUUCACCUUCAUUUGAAUAUAAUCAGCAUAAUCAGCCAUCGGAAAAUACGAGUUCAUCGUCUUCAGUAAUUACUCAAGAUACUUUAAAUAAUUUCAACUCCUUGGAAAGUGAUGACUAUCUAACACCACUUGAUCGUUUCCAAAUCAUAAUGGGUUUGAAACGUCCUAAUAUUUGUCGGAAAAGUACAACGAGAGAGUAUGCAUCAUUAUCGUGUACUUCAUAUGAAAGUCGUUACAUUCUUAGGGUAUGCAAUUAUUUGGAAGAUAAGCUCAAUAAAAUGAUGAGAAGACGUUUCAUCCACUGGUGUUCAUUACCAGGCAUUCAAGGGAGAUUAUCUCGACAGAUAUUACUUCCCACAACAACUUCAACGACAAUAAAUCAAACCAAUAGACAAUCCUAUUCAAAAUGUAAUACUCAUAUCAAUCCCCGGAUAUCUUUACGCUGUCUAGCUAAUUAUUAUAUUUUAACACGUUUAUUUUUAUUGUAUAUAUUUGCUUACGUUUGUGUAGGAAUUCAUUCCCCAAUGUCCUAUGUAUUGUGUUUAAUUAUCUUCUACAUGCUUUUUCAUAUUUUUAAGGCAUUUUUAGGAAUAUGUCGUGAAAAGAUAAAACAGAUGUAGAACAGAUCGCUUAUAAGUAUAUAAAUGUGUGUACUGUAUAUUUGCAUUUUUGUUAUCAUCUCUUAGACACACGUAAUAUAUGUGUAUGUUUUUAA